CGGAGUGAGUUCAGGGGAGAAAUUGAAGAAAAGUUUAUGUGUUCGUUCCUCUCUGUGACUCGAAUGUGGUUCACGUCUCACCACCGCGGCCACAGGAAGUUCACUAGUGUCCACCGAGAGUCUCCACAGACAUGGCAGCCGCUGAACUUUACUCUCAGUUUGCCCGUGUUUGGCUUCCAGAUGCAGCUGAAGUGUGGAAGCCAGCAGACCUUAUCAAGGAUUUCACUCCUGGGGACCUGACACUGUCUCUGCAGCUGGAGGAUGGCACGGAGGUGGAGUUCAAAAUAGAUGCCAGAACCAACAACCUGCCACCACUAAGAAACCCAAACAUCCUGGUGGGAAAGAAUGAUCUCACUUCUCUUAGCUACCUCCACGAGCCAGCUGUGCUGCACAACCUUAAAGUGCGCUUUAUCGUCUCCAAGUUGAUUUACACGUACUGUGGAAUUGUCCUGGUUGCCAUAAAUCCCUAUGAGAGCCUGCCUAUCUAUGAAACUGACAUCAUCAAUGCCUAUAGUGGGCAGAACGUGAGGGACAUGGACCCCCAUAUAUUUGCAGUGGCAGAGAAAGCCUAUAGACAGAUGACCAGGGAUGAAAGAAACCAGUCCAUCAUUGUGAGUGGUGAGUCUGGAGCUGGAAAAACCGUCUCUGCCAAAUAUGCAAUGCGUUACUUUGCCACAGUCAGCUGCUCCUCCGGUGAGACGAGUGUGGAGGAGCGAGUCCUCGCCUCCAACCCCAUCAUGGAGGCCCUUGGGAACGCUAAGACAAUAAGGAAUGACAACAGCAGUCGCUUUGGGAAGUACAUUGAGAUCGGGUUUGACAAGCGGUAUCGCAUAAUUGGAGCUAACAUGAGGACCUACUUGCUGGAAAAGUCUAGAGUGGUGUUUCAGGCCCAUGGAGAAAGAAACUACCACAUAUUCUACCAGCUGUGUGCCUCUUCACAUUUAUCAGAGUUCAAAGCUUUCAAGUUGGGUUGUGCAGAUGACUUUCACUGCACUAACCAGGGCCAGAGCCCAGUCUUGGAUGGAGUUGAUGAUGCCAAAGAGAUGUGCAGUACCAGGAGGGCUUUCUCUCUGUUAGGAAUCAGUGAAAGUGUUCAAAUGGAAAUUUACCAAAUUCUGGCAGCACUUCUUCACCUCAGCAACAUGGAAGUAAAAGAUCAGUCAGGAGACCGAAGCAGCAUCUUGCCAGAUGACUGCCACCUGAUGGUGUUUUGUGAGCUGAUGGACGUGCCACGUGAUGAAAUGGCCCAUUGGUUUUGCCACAGGAAACUCAAGACAACCACAGAAACCUACGUGAAAUCUGUCGCCAAAAUAAAUGCUGUCAAUGGCCGAGAUGCUCUGGCGAAACACAUCUAUGCCAAACUCUUCAACUGGGUUGUGGACAGUAUUAACAGUGCCUUAAAAUCUGCAGCAAAACAACACUCAUUCAUUGGUGUGCUGGACAUUUACGGGUUUGAAACAUUCGACAUCAACAGCUUUGAACAGUUUUGCAUCAAUUAUGCCAAUGAGAAGCUUCAACAGCAUUUCAACCUGCAUGUCUUCAAACUGGAGCAAGAGGAGUACAUGAAAGAGGAGAUCCCUUGGACACUGAUUGAUUUCUAUGACAACCAGCCAUGCAUUAAUCUCAUUGAGGCCAAGCUGGGUGUCCUGGACCUUCUUGAUGAGGAAUGUAAGAUGCCCAAAGGCUCUGAUGACACAUGGGCCCAGAAACUGUACAAUACCCUCCUGAAGCAAAAUGCGCACUUUGAUAAACCUAGGUUAUCAAAUAGAGCGUUCAUCAUUCACCACUUUGCCGAUAAGGUGGAGUACCAGUGUGCAGGCUUCCUGGAGAAAAACAAGGACACAGUCAAUGAGGAGCAGAUAAAUGUGCUCAAAAAGAGCAAGUUUGAUUUGCUGUUGAAACUGUGUGAGGACGAGGAGAAGGCAGCAAGCUCUACUAACAAACUUACCAGCACCAUUGGACGAGCUGGUCAGAGUCAGAGAGACAAGAAGAAGACUGUUGGACUGCAGUUUCGACAGUCUCUCCAUUUGCUGAUGGACACUCUGACUGCUACGACUCCUCAUUACGUACGCUGCAUUAAGCCAAAUGACCAUAAAACUCCCUUCACCUUGGACCCUCAGAGGGCAGUGCAGCAGCUGCGAGCAUGUGGAGUCCUUGAGACGAUCCGCAUCUCAGCAGCAGGCUUUCCAUCAAGGUGGACCUAUCAAGAAUUCUUUAAUCGUUAUCGCGUCCUCAUGAAGCAAAAAGAUAUUCUCAGUGAUCUAAAACAGACAUGCAAAAGUGUCCUUGAAAAACUUGUAAAGGACCAGGAUAAAUAUCAGUUUGGCAAAACCAAGAUCUUCUUCAGGGCUGGUCAGGUGGCUUACCUGGAGAAGCUGCGUUCUGAUAAGCUGCGAAUGGCUUGUGUCCGCAUCCAGAAGACCAUUCGCUGCUGGUUGGCUCGCAAAAAGUACCUGAGGAUGAGGGAAUCUGCCAUCACCAUUCAGAGACACGUACGGGGUCACCAGGCACGUUGUUAUGUUCAGCAUCUGCGAAGAACCAGGGCUGCUGUUGUCAUUCAAAAGAACGUGCGUAUGUGGAUCAUGAGGAGACGCUACCAGCAGCAGCGCUCUGCAGCUAUCACCAUCCAGUGCUUCGUGAGGGCCUCCAUUGCUAGAAAGCAGUAUUAUAAGUUGAUGUUUGAGCAGAAGGCUUUAAUCAUCCAGAAGUGGGUUAAAGGCUGGCUGGCCAGGCGGCACUACAGACGCACUGUAGCAGCUAUCGUUCUGCUGCAGAGCUGUGUACGUCGCAUACAGGCCAAGAAGGAAUUAAAGAAGCUGAAAGUGGAAGCACGCUCAGUGGAGCACUUUAAGAAGCUCAACACUGGCAUGGAGAACAAAAUUAUGCAGUUGCAGCACAAGAUAAAUGAUCAGCAAAAAGAAAACAAAGAGCUCCGUGAGAAGCUGAGUGUUGUGGAGAGGACUCUGAGUAUGGAGAGAGGGAGACAGAGCAAAGAGAUGGAAAACCUACGUAGAUCAGAGCACGAGGCCAGAGCGAAGGCAGAAACACUCCCUUCUAUACUGGAGCAGCUUUCCUUCCUGCAGCACGAGUUGGAAAACACACGUAAGGCGAAAGAAAACCUGGAGGAGCAGAAAAGGGUCUACAUGGAGCAGACACAACAGGUGAUCGGGGAUCUUAAUAUGAAGAACAGCUUGUUGAGCAGGGAGAAAGAUGAGCUGAACACUCAAAUCCUUGAACAAGCCCAGAAGUUAACAGAGGUUACAACCAACACUGAGGACACAAAACAACUGGAGAAAGACUUGAGUGAAGAACGCUCUCGCUACCAAAGUCUGCUGAGUGAGCACCUGCAGCUGGAGGAGCUGCACAGAGAUCUGAAAGAAGAGAUGAAUCCGAGCAUUAGUUACCAGAGUUCAAGCAAAUGUGAUCACAAGAGGAGUGACUCCAACUACAGCAGUAACUCGUCUGAUUUUAGCCUGAGCUUAGGUUCCACAGAGGGAGAAGACAGUCCCAUACAAACAGAGGAUGAGAGCCAGUCGACAGUGGACUUGCCUGUCCUUUUGAAGCUCCAGAGGAAAUUGAAGGACUUGGAGCAGGACAAACUGUCACUGUGGCAGCAGCUGGAUAAGAAGGAAGAAGUCCAGCAAGAGAAGGCAAAAGAAGUGGAGGAGCAGACAGCUGUUGCCAGAGCAGAACUGGAUUUGGAAAUACUGAAGCGGCAAGAGUUGGAGUCUGAGAACAAGAAGUUGAAGCAGGAUCUAAAUGAGCUGCGCAAGUCUCUGACCAAUGAAAAUAGUGAAUUAGCACCUCCCGCUCCUGGAUCUUCGCCCUACAACAUACUGCUAGAACAACUCAACUCUUCCAAUGAGGAGCUGGACGUGCGGAAAGAGGAAGUGUUGCUUCUUCGAUCGCACAUGGUCCGCCAAGAAGCUCUUAAACAUAAGGACUCUCCACUGGGAGGAAGUGUAAAUUUAGAGCUCAGUGAAAUUCCCACAUUUCAAGAUAUUGACAGAUCACUUGACAUCAAAAACCUGAAUGAAGAUGGAGAGCUAUGGCUGGCUUAUGAAGGCUUGAAAGAGACCAAUAGGCUUAUGGAGAGCCAGAUGCAGAAGCAGGAACGUGUUCAUGGUGAGAAGUGUAGAGAGUUAACUGAGGAGAUGAAGAGGCUGAAGGAAGAAGUUGAGCUGCAGAAGAAGCUGUUGAAUCAGAGCCUCUUCUUGCCUGAAGAUGCCCGAAUCGAUGCAAGCUUGAAGCAUGAGAUCACACGGCUUACCAAAGAGAACCUGGAACUCAUGGAUCACCGAGAAAAACAAGAAAAAAACAUACGCAAGUUGAAGAAACAUCUUAAGUUUUACAUAAGAAAAGUAGAUGAUUUUGAAGAAAACAUUCAGCAAAUGAACAGUGGUUCCGCAAUGAAUGCUCCUGUCAAAGCAGUUCAUAUCACUCGCAAGGAGAAAGAAAAGCAAGGCAUCUUGGAGUACAAGGAGGGCGACGAGAGCCGCAUACUAAAACAUCUGGUUGUAGAUAUGAAGCCUCGCGGUGUAGCAGUCAGCUUCAUUCCUGGGCUUCCAGCCUACAUCAUCUUCAUGUGCCUACGAUAUGCAGACAUUGUGAACAAUGAACAGCGAGUCAGCACUCUGCUCCACUGCACCAUCAGCAGCAUCAAAGGGGUCAUGAAGAGAAGAGGAGAUGAUUUUGAAGUGAUGUCCUUCUGGUUGGCCAACACAUGCCGGCUGAUCAACUGUCUGAAGCAGUACAGUGGAGACGAGGUUUUCACAAAGCACAACACUGCAAAGCAGAAUGAGCACUGCUUGUCCAACUUUGAUCUGGCAGAGUACCAUCAGGUUAUUGGUGACCUGGCCAUUCAAAUCUACUAUAAACUCAUCAAGUGCAUGGAGGACAUCAUGCAGCCUCUUAUAGUGGCAAGCAUGCUGGAGCACGAGACAAUCCAGGGAGUUCUGGGGUCCAAAACAACAGGCCAGAGGAAGAGAACCACAAGUUUUGCCGAUGAGGGCGCUAUUACAUUGGAAGACCUCCUGCAGCGUCUCGGAAUCUUCCUCACCACCAUGACUCAACAUGGCAUGGACGAAGACCUCAUUAAGCAGGUGGUAAAGCAGCAGUUUUACUCCAUCUGUGCAGUCACCCUCAACAACCUUAUGCUGCGGAAGGACAUGUGCUCCUGGAGUAAAGGCCUACAGAUCAGGUACAAUGUCUGGCAGUUGGAGGAGUGGCUGGCGGAGCAGAAGAUGACUGACUGUGGUGCCAAGGAAACUCUGGAGCCACUUGUACAGGCUGCACAGCUUCUGCAGAUCAAGAAGAAGACGGAGGCAGACGCACAAGCUAUCUGCAGCAUGUGCACUGCCCUCUCCACAGCGCAGAUUGUGAAAGUGUUGACCUUGUACACCCCAGUGAUUGAAUUUGAAGAGCAGGUGUCAACCUCUUUCAUCACAACUAUAAAUAACAUUUUGAAAGACAGAGCUGAGACAUCUACUUUGAUGAUGGAUAGCAAGAAGAUCUUCUCUGUCACACUCCCCUUCACACCCUCAUCUGUGGCACUGGAGACCAUUCAGAUUCCUGCGAGCCUGAACCUGAGCUUCAUCACCCGUGUCUAGACCAAAGACUGCUGACCCGAACACUGUUCUCUCUGUUCUGUUUACCAAGUAAAAACCAAAAUCUUUCUCACCAUCACUGAUUUUUGCAUUAGAGCAGCAGAGAAAAACAUUAUCAUGCAUUAAUGUUUCAACUUUUCAGCACUGCACAGUCAAACUGUAAUAAUUGUAUGUGAUGUUGAUCUGCAAAACAUCUUUUAAAGGUAAUUUCUUGCCGUCAGAUGCAGGUGAAGAUACUAUUUUGUGAAAUGAGUUUCAUAGUUAAACAUUUUCCUACUGGUAACUAUCAAUUUGAGUGCAGUAAAUGAACUAACCUUUUUAUAAAAAAUUAUAACUGCAAGCAAUUUUAAUAAUGUUUAGUACAUUUAACAGCUAAAUGCACAGAUGUAUAUGUUAAAAAACGUCUCUUAUAUUAUAUGGUUGGUAUUUUUGUCCUGACUAUGCACACAGUAGUUAUGUCUCCUAUCAUUUUGAAUGGUCUUGUUAUUAAGGAAUGAUGUAUUUGAAAGAACUGGACAAGCCCCCCAUUAAGUGUUAUUGAUCUUAUAGAUCAGGCUCAGUGUUUGAAUGUGGGGUUUAUGAACCACCAAGGAGUAGAAAAUGUAGACAAUUUGUAUUUGUGACACACUCACUGUUGUUUGGCACAAACUUGUAUUUAACUGGAGAUAAACUUGCAUGAACAAAUAUAAGCCAACUCUGGUCUGCACUCUAAUCCUCAUUUAUUAGGUUGUAGACUCUCAGACUUGUCUAGGGCUUGACUCACUAGACCAAUAACAGCUUUUUGUGGGUUGUCUCUGAUAUGAGUUAAUAUAACUAAUAUAAGUAAGGUGAAUCUUUAAUACUUAA